GACAUCCGACGAGCACUUACAUCACACUGGAAGUAUCGAGACACAGCAUGUUCGCUCGCCUCUCCACUGACAAAAAUAUAUUUAGUAUUAUUUUAUUUAUAAUAUUUAGAUAAUGCGUAAUUUUGCAAUAUAAGUUAGUGAAUUGAUCUUUUGAGUUAGCUGAUUAGAAAGUCAUUGGCUAAAUGUGUUGACCAUUAGCCAAACAUGGCUGCGUCCUCAUCACCGAGCGACUCACCCGGCUUUGAUGGCUUCCCGUUUAGAACUUCCGAGGACAAUUCCAGCGGGGAUCAGCAAGUGAAAAAGAAGCCAUGUCGCGCUUGUACGGACUUUAAAUCUUGGAUGAAGACACAGAAGCGACAGACGACAGCUGCUGUGGAGGAUCCCAAAGCUGAGCAGGAGUUCCAAGAUCCUCAGUGCCCACUUGACAGGGAGGAACUGGGCCGCAACACCUGGUCCUUUCUGCACACCAUGGCCGCAUAUUACCCGGAUAAACCAUCUCCCAGCCAGCAGCAAGAGAUGGGCCAGUUCAUUAACCUCUUCUCCAAAUUCUUCCCCUGCGACGAAUGUGCAGGAGACCUCAGGGACAGAUUAAAAACCAAUCAGCCGGACACCAGCAGCCGUCACGCUUUGUCUCAGUGGUUCUGUCGACUCCAUAACGGCGUCAACAUGCGUCUGGGAAAGCCUGAGUUUGAUUGCUCCCGAGUGGACGAGAGAUGGAAGGAUGGAUGGAAAGAUGGCUCCUGUGACUGACAGACAUCCUCACAGAACUUUUUGAGUGUGGAAGCGCUUUGCUUUGGAAAAAGGUGGACGGAAACCAAUUAAUUUUUCAUGGGAGUUUUACUGUCUGAUGAUGUAUUUGUUCCUGUAAGCGACAUGGAGAAAUAUCCCUUAAGGAGCAACAAUAAUACUGCAAUAUUAUUGUUACAGGACAUUUAUGUUUGCGUCACAACAAAUUCCGCAUUAAAAUGUUAUUUUCUGA